GAGCCUCCAAUUAAUCCGCCGGGUUGACUUUCAAAAGAGGCUCGCGCCGCACGGAGGAAAACAGUAUAUCGAACGCCUUGGUGACGGACAGGUGAAUCGAAAAGAAUGCUGGAAUUGGACUUAUUCAAAACCUUCCACAAGUCCCUCUCACUGGGCUUUAAAAUCGACCAUGCGGACGAGGAAUGGGAAUACUCGGAGGAACCCCACGUGAGCAGACGGCAGGAGAUAUUGAAGAAAUAUCCAGAAAUCAAAAAGUUAAUGGGAGGCGAUCCCGCGAUAUGCUACAUCGUCGCCGUGGAGGUCGUCCUGCAGAUGAUCAUGUGUUAUUUACUUCAAAAUGCAUCCUGGGUGACUAUUUUUAUUUCCGCUUACGUCAUAUCUGGUUGCCUGAAUCACUCGCUAGGGAGCGCCAUUCACGAAAUAGGACACAACCUCGCUUUCGGACACAAGCAUCCUUUGGCCAAUCGGGCACUUGGAAUGUUUUGCAACCUUCCAUUAGCUGUUCCGAUGUCGGUUACCUAUAAAAAAUAUCACACGGAUCACCAUAGGUGGUUGGGACACGACGCGAACGAUGUGGAUAUACCUACAGUCCUGGAGACUAAGCUUUUCCGUCACCCGAUUACAAAAAUGAUAUGGCUGAUUUUGCAUCCUCUGAUUCAUGCCGUACGGCCAUUUUGUAAAAGCCCAAAACCAAUUACGUCACUCGAACUCAUAAACUUAGCACUUCAGCUCUCGUUCGAUGCACUAAUCUAUCAGAUUUUCGGUUCUAAAGCUUUGGUCUAUCUCUUCAUGGGGACCAUGUUCGGGCUUGGUUUACAUCCUCUGGCUGGACACUUCAUCUCGGAACAUUACUUGUACAACAAGGGUCAGGCAACGCACUCCUAUUACGGGCCCCUCAACCCUAUUCUCUUCAACGUCGGCUACCACGUUGAGCACCAUGACUUUCCAUACAUUUCAUAUAGGAAGCUUCCUGAAGUUCGAAAAAUUGCUUCAGAAUAUUAUGACAAUUUGCCAUACCAUACCUCAUGGUUGAAAGUGCUAUACGAUUUCAUUUUCGAACCCUCAUUGGGCCCCCAAGCGCGCGGUGUCAACUUGAUCAACAAAGAGGAUCACGAGGGGAGAAUGUCGGAAAACUACGAUCAGAUGCUGCCUGCACAACAGGUUGAGGUGAAUGGUAAUGUCAAAAAGGAUUCGUGAGUGACAUCAUCGUGAUAAACAUUAUUUGACUUCAAGUCGUCAAGUCGUAGUUUCGCAUUCAAAAUGGAUAAAGCUUUGGUCUAGAUUUACGUAUCGAAUCUUGGUGAUGAUUCCAUGUUAGUAGAUGUGUUGUUUGUUUUUCAUAUUAGCAUGUAUGUGCAUGACGAACAAUUGUUUUAAAAGCUAGAUGUGAUCCCAGCAGUCGGAGCUGAUCGAAGAAAGGGCGCGAGAACUUUAAUUUAUGCAGAACUGAGCGAUCCAUGUCGUUGUCCACUGCGUUGUCGUAUUCAACCAAUCAUCCUUCUUCUCGAAUGGCAGCCAUCAUGAACGCACGUAUUUCCAUUAUGGCGGACAUUUUGGAUCAUGGCGUUUUUCGAUCUUUUUUUCCGCGAUCAUUAUCACUAGCACUAAAACAUGCUUUCCAAAGAUGGCGUCAAACUUUGUCAAUGAUUCGGUUUUUAAAGAAAGGCAAAUUUAAGAUGCUAUUGGCAAAAAUUCAGCUCAUUAUUUACGUAUUUACACACCGAAAUUUUACCAACCGUGUUUUAAAGCUUUUUGACAACAUAUGAGACGAAUUGUUGUCGCCCGCUCUUCCCUGAUGCCAACGCGAUGUCUUGUGACCUUGACCUUUCGAAUGACCUUUGUGUCAUUGUAUCUAGGUCACAGGAUCAUGACCUUUGGCCUCAAUUCUGUAACUGUUUGUAUAUAGUAUUUAUUGCUUAUGAACUGCAACGUGCAUACCUCGCUGGGAGGCCAGGGCCCGAUUUUUCAAAGCCAGGACAGUUGUAAUGGCCGUCACUAAACUUAACUUGGCGGUGGCUUUGCGGAUAAACUGUUGGGAGAUAGCAGAGCUUUGAAUAGCCGGGUUCACGUCUAGUUGUGACCAUCGGUUACGAUACCUAGCUGGGUUUUUUUCCGUCCCCAUGUACGUUACCAGAGAACUGCAAUGCUCGAAUGUACAAGAUCACUCAUUUUUGAAAACAUAAGAAUUUUUAGGCACAUCAUCUGGUUUAUAACUUAUUUAUUCAUCUCUGAAAAUGUCAAGCUCAUGUCUCCAGAAGAGGGGGAAGAAAUUAUGUAUGUAUAAAUGUACAGCGGAGUUAUACCACCGUGAUGGAGUUCCGAGACGUCGAAACCGGUGUGACGAAACAGACGGUCACCACCUGCUGGGAACCUCUCACAGGCAACUUACCGUUUUGAUUUGCUUGUACGCAUAAUUUGGUGUAGUUUUAUAAUAAUAAAUGCUGGAUUUAUAAAACGCACUUUUCAACAGUUUAAUUUCUCAAAUACACUUGGACACAUUACCCCAUCCUGAACCUCGUG